AUGGAGGUGGUCAGAGAGACCGUCUGUUGUGACAAGGAGACAUUUAGCAGUAUCUAUCAAAUGCUGACAACUCUGGGACGAGGAACUUUUGGCACAGUGAACCUGGCCUUUCACAUGCCCACUGUCAGCUACGUGGCUGUGAAGAUUCUGGCAAAUGUGAAUGGGGACUGCGCCCGGAACAAGAAUGAGGUUGAUAUAAUGAGAUCCCUCGUUCAUCCGCAUAUAAUCAGGUUCCUUCAGGAGGUGCAGACACGGGAGAUGACGUAUCUCAUCAUGGAUUACGCCUCCAAAGGGAACCUGUUGCAUCAAAUUAGAAAACCGGGAGGCUUACAGGAGUGCGAGGCUCGAAGGCUGUUUGGACAGGUAGCACAGGCAGUGAAGUACUGCCACGACAACUGGAUCGUCCACAGGGACAUCAAAGCCAACAACGUCUUGAUCGACGCCUCUGGGAAUGCGAAGCUUUGUGAUUUUGGCCUGGCAGUCAGAGUUGCCCCCGGGAAAAAACUAAAGACUUUCUGCGGCACUCUGGCCUACUGUGCCCCGGAACUCUUCGGAGUGGAGCCAUACGAUGGCUAUGCCAGCGAUGUUUGGAACUUAGGCGUCCUCCUCUACUACAUGGUGGCCAGGCACCUUCCGUUCCAAGCGAGCUCUUCUAUGGGGUUGAAGCAGCAAAUUUUAGCUGCAAACUUCAGCGUUCCUCAUCAUGUCCCACUUGAUAUUUUCAACGUAAUCGUGGAAAUCUUCAUGAUCAGCCCCAACAGGAGGCCCACCAUCAGCCAAAUCCUGACGCGCCCCAUGAUCAGGGACAGCCAGGCACGGGAAUCCAUCCAGAGUCUCCCAGGCACCCCGAGCCCUAGCAUUGUCAGCACCAUGGCAGGCAUGGGGUACCAACGGGAAGAAAUGAUUGAGUGUCUAGAAGACCAAAAAUUUGAUCAGGCGAUGGCCACAUACCCGAGUCUGCAACACCAGGCACCCGGGGGAGACUGCUGCCAUCACCGGGGGAAACCCACAAAACCCAUGGAGCCAGGCCUUGUCCUCAACCCGGCUGAUCUUCACACCUUCUCUGGGACUCCUCUAGAGGGCAAGCUCCUGCAAGAACCUUUAGCAGGAAUCCCCACAAGUCAUCCCAGCAGGUUCCGUUGCUUGAGUCCUCAGACCCAAAGCUUGGGAAAAUCUGAGCUGGGGAGCGAGUGA